AUGUUAACAAAUAGAAUAUCAAGAUGUAUAGUUAAUAGUUGUAGUAGUAAUAUAAAGAAUGGAAAUAGUUAUUUACAUAAAUCAUUUAGAGGCUAUUGCAAUGAUCUUUUGAUGUCAUUUUCAACAUCAACUUCUUCAACAACCAGUUUAGUAUCAGAUAAUAUUGAUACAUCUAAUGAAUUAGAUAAUAAUAAUAAUAAUAAUAAAAAUAAUAAUAUAACUUUAGAUAAUAAUAAUAGUAAUAGUAGUAAUAAUAAUCAUAAAAAUGAAAAUAAUAAUAAUUUACAAUACUUUGAUACAUCAAGAGCAACUAUAUUCAAACAUCAUACAUCAAAGAAAAAGGCUAAACCUAUCUCUGGUGACGAUGAUUCAUUGAUAUUAAAUACAAUCAUUUUAAACUAUUCAAAUAAUAAACCAGCUGAAGCAAGAAGAUUAUCAUAUUUUCGAUUGGAUAGUAAAUACACCCUAUUUGGAGACAAAGACAUUGAAUUACUUUUUAAACUUUUAUAUAUCGGUGAGCGAAGAGAAAAGAGUGGAGAAAGUUCUCAAUAG